AUGAAUAAGGAGCAUGUAACUCCUGUUGCUUCCAACAGCCAGACUGUGACCAUCAGGAAAAUUAGCAUAAAGACAUUGCCCAACCACAAAAAUAAAGGAGAAUACUGGGGAUGCCACCAGUCAAAGAGUCGAACGCUGUGCAUCCAUGAGAGAACUGUCUCCAGAAAAAAAAAAAAAAAAAAGAGGAAGAGGCACAAAGACCUGGACGGGGCUGGAGGAGAAGAGUAUCCCAUGGAUAUUUGGCUAUUGCUGGCCUCCUAUAUCCGUCCUGAGGACAUUGUGAAUUUUUCCCUGAUUUGUAAGAAUGCCUGGACUGUCACUUGCACUGCUGCCUUUUGGACCAGGUUGUACCGAAGGCACUACAUGCUGGAUGCCUCUCUGCCUUUGCGCCUGCGACCAGAGUCCAUGGAGAAGCUGCGCUGUCUCCGGGCAUGUGUGAUCCGAUCUCUGUACCAUACGUAUGAGCCAUUUGCUGCUCGAAUCUCCAAGAAUCCAGCCAUUCCAGAAAGCACUCCCAGCACAUUAAAGAAUUCCAAAUGCUUACUUUUCUGGUGCAGAAGGAUUGUUGGGAACAGACAGGAACCAAUGUGGGAAUUCAACUUUAAGUCCAAAAAACAGUCCCCUAGAUUAAAGAGCAAGUGUAUGGGAAGGUUGCAGCCUCCCAUUCAGUACGAAGAUGUUCAUACCAACCCAGACCAGGACUGCUGCCUACUACAGGUCACUACCCUCAACUUCAUCUUUAUUCCAAUUGUCAUGGGAAUAUUUACCCUGUUUACUAUCAAUGUGAGCACGGACAUGCGGCAUCAUCGCGUGAGACUGAUGUUCCAGGACCCUCCUGUCCGUGGUGGCUGGAAACUGUGCUGCGAACAGGGCGUGCAAAUCAUCCUGGACCCAGCGCACAGCGUUCGACUCUUUGGUGGUGCCCCAGUAUUUUUAAUGUAA